UGGGGGGGCGGGGGGGGGUCGAGUCUCAGCUCUUCGCCGCGGGGUAGAAACUCCCCACCCGAAGCUUUACUCAAACUUCUCCUCGCGAGAUUUUUCUGUGCGAGAACGACAGAGGACUCUGCAAAAUAUGUCUGCGAUUGUUGCACGAUUUUGAGGUCGUUAUGCGUCGUGCUUCCCGUUACUUCGGCCAGGCUUUGUUCCUCUCGGCAUGCUAGUUCACUGGCACAAGGUUACUUGUGCGAUUUUUGCGUCCCCGAAAGUUAAAUAUGCAGAUGUCUGCAGGGUAAUUAUUAUCAAUUAAUACUUCAGUGCUCAACAAGACGGGUCUUCGUUUUCCAAACACAAGAAGAAUAAUUUACCCAUCAUGGCAUUCUUUCGGCGGAAGUGGCUUGGAUUAUUAGUGCUUCUCUGUUGUGCUCCUUCAGCAUUCGGAUCAUUUAAAUCUAGAAAGAUUGGACCUCUGGAAGUGGAGAGAGUGGAGUGGGAUAGCUUAGAUAUCAUAAAUCAUCAGGACUCGAGGUUUGCGAGGUUACUUUUGCAGUCCCCUGAAGAGACUAACCGUUCCGAGUGGAAGCCUGAAGAGAAAAGCGAGUGGAAGUCAGAGAAGAAAGAAGAGUUGAGGUCAGAGGAGAACGAGCGGUGGAAGGUCAAGGAUACGCGCGAAGAAUGGAAACCAGACGGGAAGCACGAAGAAGUGAUUGAUGAAGAACAUAAAGGCGCUUGGAAACAAGAGGGGAAGACCGAAGAAUGGAAACCUGAUGUAAAGCACGAAGAAGUAGUGGUAGAACAAUCUAUGAAAGACUGGAAGUCCGAGGAGAAGAAGGAAGAAGUGAAAGUAGAGGAACAGAAGGAGGAGUCUAAGUUUGUGGAAAAUCAUUCAGAACUACAGGUGGAGGAUCACAAGGAAGAAUGGAAGCCUGAGGAGAAGCACGAAGAAGUUCAUGCAGAAGAAAGUAGCGAGGGAGAAGAGUGGAAGCAUGAUGUCCCACAGGAAGGGUGGGAUGCUAAGAGUGAGGAGUUGCAGGCUGAUCUGAAACUGGAGUCUAAACCUGAGGAGGGCACCGUAGAACAGAAGCUACAAGAAAAUCCACCAGUGGUGCAGCGAGAAGAGAAAUUAGAAUUGCAGUUUGAUAAAGAAGAGUCAAAGAUAGAAGACAAAUCUGAAUUCACGUCGCAGAAAAGCAUUACAAGGGAACUCCCAGGAACUAAUCUCCUUGAUAAUGCUGGAGAUGUAGAACAGAAGCAACUCGAGGAACGCAAUAAAGGUUUAGUAACGUUGAAUGAUCACCAGGAGCAAUUACAGCAUGAUCAGGAACUUAAAGAUCGAGAGCAACUGGCGAAGCAUAUCCAGGAUCUUCACCAAGAGAAAUUGUCACAACAUGAUCAGGAACUUAAAGAUCGAGAGCAACUGGCGAAGCAUAUCCAGGAUCUGCACCAAGAGAAAUUGUCACAACAUGAUCAGGAACUUAAAGAUCGAGAGCAACUGGCGAAGCAUAUCCAGGAUCUGCACCAAGAGAAAUUGUCACAACAUGAUCACGAACUUAAAGAUCGAGAGCAACUGGCGAAGCAUAUCCAGGAUCUUCACCAAGAGCAAUUGUCACAACAUGACCAGGAACUUGAAGAUCGAGAGCAACUGGCAAAGCAUAUCCAAGAUCUUCACCAACAGCAAUUGUCAGAACAUGAUCAGGAACUUGAAGAUCGGGAGCAACUGUCGAAGCACAUCCAGGGUCUUCACCAAGAGCGAAACCCAAUCGACCCCAACGAGGAGCACCUGUCACUUCAUCAAGGGCAAGAGUACAACCUAAUAGACCACAACGAGGAGCACUUGCCAAUCCAUUAUGGGCAAGAGGAACCAGGGAAUCAUGCAACUCAGGAUGAUUGGACAAAUUGGGAGCGGAACGAGGUCUUGAGACCAACGGACAAGAAGAUGGAGUGGAGUCACGAGAAACGAAAAUUUGUGGAGGUUAAUGAAGGCGAUGAUCCGAGUUUUGAGGGCGGAGAGGGCGUAGGCCGCGAAAGUCACCUUGUUGAGGACAAUGAAGAGAUUGAUGUGUCACAUAUGAAUGCCGAGCAUGAUCUUGAGAUCUCUGGAGGGAUAGACACAUUUGCCUCACAAGACAAGCAAUCUCGUUUUGUCGUUAAGGAGGAGAACAAGCAGGUCACUGAAGACGUUGGAAAGGACUCAGUGAUGCAGAGGUCAGCAGUUGAAGACAGGAACGCCGGUAAUCAGAAUCCCUCUAUUGUUUCUUCUCUAGCUGCAGAAGCUGCUGUGCUACGUGGAAAUGUACGCGGUAAUACGCAAUCCUCUGAGAUGUUCCAAUCUAAGCACCAGGGUGCAUCAAAAGAUGAUCCUGAUCACCUGGUAAAGAAAAUCAAUGUAUUCUCGGUCCAAACGAAAACCCAUUUCGUGAAGGUGAAUCAAGACCUCGCAAGUACGAUCACGCCCUUUUUGGGAAAUAGGCAUGCUCCUGCGGUGGCAUCUGUAAUUUCUUACUGCCUGUUACUACUUCCAUUGGCAUUAAUUUUCUUCGUUUGUGAGCAAGUACGGGAAUUCCUAACCCUGCAGAAAGCCAUCCUUUUUGCCAACAUCUACCUUGCUGUGCACUUCGAGCUUCUACUGGUGGCAGCCCUAGGAUUAGGAUCAGAGCCUAUGGAAAUUUUCCACGAGUUUUCUACAUCCAGUUACUUGGUUCUACAGCUUGUGCAGGCCUUUGGAUACAUUCUAUAUCUUACCCUUCAGACUGCCGAUCUAACCCUAGCUUACGCCGAGGGAACUGCUAUUGCUAAGUCCACCUCGACGGUUCAGAUUGUGGUGGCAUCAGUGAUCGGUGUCCACUAUUAUAUCACUGUAUUCCUCAAAGCUACCCAGGGAGUGGCACCUACAACGUCUUGGAAAGCUUACGCAUUCUACAGCAUUGCAUUCAUGACUCUGUGUCUCCUUGGGAGGAUCCACCGAGGGAAGAAACAGUAUCACUCUGUUGGGAACGAGACCACAGAUAAGAAAAAUUGAUUUUUUCUGCAUUUAUUUAAAUGUCAGUUGCACUGGCUACUUGUUUUGUAAGCUAGUACUGAUCGCCCUACAGGUGAAAAUUUAGGCCCCUUUCGAUUACUCAUUCGAAUCUGCUACGUAGACAAAGGAUUUGAGAGCAUUUCUAAAUGCUUCCUGCUUUUGUGACGAAGGUACAGCUUAUGAAUUGAUUGAUGUAAAGAUACUGCAGAUAACGUCUCUUUGCAUUGAGUAUGUGCAAUAGACAUUCCCAUUCUGUAUCAGCCCCCUUCGUUCAAACAUCGGGAGUGCUGGAGUGAUCACAGGUAGAUAGGCCAAGAGGCGGAGGUCACUAUUCUUUCUUUACUUGUAAUAUGAAAAUAUCUGAUUAGAUUAAGUUCUCCCCACUUGUUUGAGGUUAUAGACAAUUAAUUCGUCACACAACAUGGACUCCAUACUGUAUUCAAAUCUUGAGCAAUGCGGUUUCAGAUUCUCUGGGAA